GAAGUCCCUUUAGAUGUGGCUAUUCAAAUGACUAAUUUUGCAUUCUGAUCUUUGCUUUUGUUAAUGAAUUUUUCUCCCUUUUAAUGCAUAGGCACUGCAAUUUCCUUGAGUCAAAUACAAGUUGUGUGUGUGUGUGUGUGUGUGCGUGUGUGCGCAUGGACCGAUGGCUUGCUGAUCUGUGAAAAAGAUGGUUUUUUGAAAUUGUGCUUGAAAUCCUUGGCUAAAGCUGGCAGUGCUAUUCCUAAAGUUAGGUGAUUAUGGUGCCCACUUGUAAUACUUGGAAAGAUAAAACAGCUUUACUUUCCCUCCCCCUUUUCUGCUCCAGCAUUGAUUAUCUUAAACUCAGCAGCAGAUAGCCACCACAGAACUAACUAGUUUGCAUUUUCUUAGCCUCUCAGCAGCCUUCCUGCCAGAAGUAUUCAACCUCUCCAGGCUGUUACAAGCCAAAUCAUUGUUCUCUUGAAUACAGCCUUCCUCUCUGAUCAAUACACCUUUGAAUGUUUUCAUCUCUACGAAAAUCCUUCAAGUGGGUUUUGGGGGCUCUGUUAUGCGUAAUUGUUUCUCUCACCACCAGACAUUUUGGUUGGACCCCAGAUUAGCGUUUUUCUCCAUCACUCCAAAAAUGGGAUCGGUUUCAAGAAGUUUAGGAUUUCACAUACUUCAUGCUAGAGAGGGAAACAAUUCUAGUUGAUAGAAAGAUUGAGGUGGCCGUUCGUUCUUUUGAAGUGGACCAUCUACCCAUCUCUGAGGGCUGCAUGGGGCUUUGUGUUAAAAUUUAUUUCCAAUCACCCCAAGCAGGAAACCCAUCACCAGUUUUCAUUUGGACAACCUGUGUACGUGGCAGGCGGGAUGUUUUUCUGAGUUCAGAAUGUUUGCCUCUUAAAUUGAAGUAAAAAGUAUUAGUGCCCAGAUCACCUUCCACCAUCUCCGUUGCAUUCUUUCUUUUAGCGACGUGUUUAAAUUUAAGAGGCUGUUUGCUUCUGAUGAAAAAACCGUUUGUGACAUGUCAGUUGUUUCUUUGGUGGUUUGUGUCACAGCCUUUCUCUACAGAUGCAGUGUAAAUGAAAUUGUUAACUGGGUUCAGUAUCGGAGGGCAAAAGGUGUUAAUAUUCUGGUUUAAAACUAAACUAUUUUUCUUCUCCCUGCUGGGACUAGUUAAGUUUGAGGCCUCUUAACUUCUGAUUUAUUUCUGAGCUGUCAUCUCUUCCUUUCUAUCUAGUUCCCAUUCUGAACCUUCCUCCCCCAACAAACGUGGAACUCCCCUAACAUGUCUUCCUCCAUCUGACCAGCUCUUUUUGGACUCAUGUUUUGUCUUAUCACAAUCCCAGACCAUGAACACAGAAAGGGACAUUUUCUAUUCCUUCUCGCACCCAUCCUCCCUCCUUUCCUGGCUUCGAGUCUUCCCAAUGGAAAAUUCCAGCCAUAUCAAAUGGGUGAUGCGCCCAUUUCUCGUUGAACCACAGGUCUGAUGGAAUCGCAUUGAGAGUAACUGUUCGGAUUCUUAUCACUUGAAAGCCAGGGAAGUUCAGCAUCUCAGAUAUUUUGCACCUAUUAAAGCUUAACUUGAUUGGCUUGGCUUGGGAGAGGGGUGUGUGUGUGUGCGCGUGUGUGUGUGUGUGUGUGUGUGUGUACACGUACUGUGUAAGAGGUGAAAUGGCCUGCACUGUAUCCAACGGGGAGUUCCAGCAGAGAAAAAGAAAGAAGAUUCUGGUGGACCUUCCCAGCAAAGGGGCCUUGCUUUUCUCUGCUUCUCUCCCCAACCCCCAACUCUCAGCCUGUCUUUCAACUAAUCCUUCCUCGCUCCACUUUUGUGGUGGGGGAUAAUUAGUCACAGCUCAAAAGAGUGCCGAAUGCUUUCUCUAAGCCAUGCUGCUAGCGAGAGGAAGCAUCCAAGGGGUGGGAGUAUGGAGAUCCCAAUUCUAAUUCUGGGAUAAAUGCUGGUGCUCUGAAUGCUUUGAGACCCGGGCCUUUUCGCUUCUCGCUUGGGCAAAUUUUUCUACUUUGUAAUUUCACCUAUACAUUUUUUCAUAUUCUGCCUCAUCGGGAAAUUGUAAGAUUUAGCAGGGAGGUCCGAGAAAUGCUCUUUGCCUUGUAGAAUUCUGAGAUCAGAACUCUGGGUACCCUGAGACCCACCUCUUACCUGAACUCAGUGUGAACGAUGAGAAACUUGUUUACUUGAAGCCUGGGUUCUCAUUGGCCCAUGGAGGCAGAUUGUAAUUGUGUGUCUAAAAAAAAAAAAAAAUACUGCUUUUUCGCAUUCCCCUAAUAGCAGGACCAACUGGAGUAGUAAUUUGACUUAAAAAAAGAAGAACCUAGUAUUUAAAAAAAACUCUUUUAGAAGAUUUAACACUUUGUUUGCCAUCAAGUGUGGGUUUCUCCCUCCCCCCCACCCCAUUCCUACAUGAAGAUGGGGGAUUGUCUUAAAGCUUGGCUGAAGAGGAAAUAAAAACAGAACAGGAGGUGGGAGAGGGCAUGGAUAUCUCUACUCGCUCCAAAGAUCCUGGCUCCACAGAGAGAACAGCCCAGAAAAGGAAGUUCCCCAGCCCUCCUCAUUCUUCCAAUGGCCACUCGCCACAGGACACAUCAACAAGCCCCAUUAAAAAGAAAAAGAAACCUGGCUUACUGAACAAUAACAAUAAGGAGCAGUCAGAACUAAGACAUGGUCCGUUUUACUAUAUGAAGCAGCCACUCACCACAGACCCUGUUGAUGUUGUACCGCAGGACGGACGAAAUGAUUUCUACUGCUGGGUUUGUCACCGGGAAGGCCAAGUCCUUUGCUGUGAGCUCUGUCCCCGGGUUUAUCACGCUAAGUGUCUGAGACUGACUUCGGAACCAGAGGGGGACUGGUUUUGUCCUGAAUGUGAGAAGAUUACAGUAGCAGAAUGCAUCGAGACCCAGAGUAAAGCCAUGACAAUGCUCACCAUUGAACAAUUAUCCUACCUGCUCAAGUUUGCCAUUCAGAAAAUGAAACAGCCAGGGACAGACGCAUUCCAGAAGCCUGUUCCAUUGGAACAGCAUCCCGACUAUGCGGAAUACAUCUUCCAUCCCAUGGACCUUUGUACCUUGGAAAAGAACGCUAAAAAGAAAAUGUAUGGCUGCACAGAAGCUUUCCUGGCUGAUGCAAAGUGGAUUUUGCACAACUGCAUCAUUUAUAAUGGGGGAAAUCACAAAUUGACGCAAAUAGCAAAAGUAGUCAUCAAAAUCUGUGAGCAUGAGAUGAAUGAAAUUGAAGUAUGUCCAGAGUGUUAUUUAGCUGCUUGCCAAAAACGAGAUAACUGGUUUUGCGAGCCUUGUAGCAAUCCACAUCCUUUGGUCUGGGCAAAACUGAAGGGGUUUCCUUUCUGGCCUGCGAAAGCUCUGAGGGAUAAAGAUGGGCAGGUGGAUGCCCGAUUCUUUGGACAACAUGACAGGGCCUGGGUUCCGAUAAAUAAUUGCUACCUCAUGUCUAAAGAAAUUCCUUUUUCUGUGAAAAAGACUAAAAGCAUCUUUAACAGUGCAAUGCAGGAGAUGGAGGUCUACGUGGAGAACAUCCGCCGGAAGUUUGGGGUUUUUAAUUACUCUCCGUUCAGGACGCCCUACACGCCCAACAGCCAGUACCAAAUGCUGCUCGACCCCGCCAACCCCAGCGCCGGCGCCGCCAAGAUCGACAAGCAAGAGAAGGUCAAGCUCAACUUCGACAUGACGGCGUCCCCCAAGAUCCUGAUGAGCAAGCCCAUACUGAGUGGGGGUGCGGGCCGCAGGAUCUCCCUGUCCGAUAUGCCUCGCUCCCCCAUGAGCACAAACUCUUCCGUGCACACGGGCUCCGACGUGGAGCAGGACCCCGAGAAGAAGGCCAUGUCCAGCCACUUCAGCGCGAGCGAGGAGUCCAUGGACUUUCUGGACAAGAGCACAGCGUCACCGGCCUCCACGAAGACGGGACAAGCAGGGAGUUUAUCCGGCAGCCCGAAACCUUUCUCUCCUCAAGCGUCCACGCCAAUCACGACGAAGACGGACAAAACGGCCACCACCGGAAGCAUCCUGAAUCUUAACCUGGAUCGAAGCAAGGCUGAGAUGGACUUGAAGGAGCUAAGCGAGUCGGUCCAGCUGCAGGCCGCCCCCGUCCCUCUCAUCUCUCCCAAGCGGCAGAUCCGCAGCAGGUUCCAGCUGAAUCUUGACAAGACGAUAGAGAGUUGCAAAGCACAAUUAGGCAUAAAUGAAAUCUCAGAAGACGUGUAUACGGCCGUAGAGCGCAGCGACUCAGAGGAUUCUGAGAAGUCAGACAGUAGCGAUAGUGAGUAUAUCAGCGAUGAUGAGCAGAAGUCCAAGAAUGAGCCAGAAGACGCCGAAGACAAAGAAGGUCGUCAGAUGGACAAAGAGCCAUCUGCUCUCAAAAAAAAGCCCAAACUGGCAAACCCAGUGGAAAUUAAAGAAGAAAUGAAAAGCACAUCAUCGCCAACCAGCGAGAAAGCAGAUCCAGGUUCAGUCAAGGACAAACCAAGUCCCCAGCCUGAGAAGGACUUUUCAGAAAAAGCAAAACCCUCACCUCAUCCCACAAAGGAUAAACCGAAGGGAAAAGAUGAGACGGAUUCCCCCACAGUCCAUUUGGGCCUGGACUCCGAUUCAGAGAGCGAACUUGUCAUAGAUUUAGGAGAAGACCAUUCUGGGCGGGAGGGUCGAAAAAAUAAGAAGGAACCCAAAGAACCGUCUCCCAAGCAGGAUGUUGUAGCUAAAGCGCCACCGGUCACGACGACAGGCAGCCAGUCUCCCCCCGAAACGCCGGUCCUCACCCGCUCGUCCUCCCAAACUCCCACGGCUGGUGUCACGGCCACCACCAGCACCACGUCCACGGUCACGGCCCCAGCCGCCGCCGCCACAGGGAGCCCGGUGAAAAAGCAGAGGCCGCUUUUACCGAAGGAGACUGCGCCGGCCGUGCAGCGGGUCGUGUGGAACUCAUCAACUGUCCAACAGAAGGAGAUCACGCAGAGCCCGUCCACCUCCACCAUCACCCUGGUGACCAGCACUCAGUCGUCACCCCUGGUCACCAGCUCGGGGUCCACGAGCACCCUCGCAUCUUCCGUCAGCGCCGACCUGCCCAUCGCCACCGCCUCUGCUGAUGUCGCCGCGGACAUAGCCAAGUACACUAGCAAAAUGAUGGAUGCAAUAAAAGGAACGAUGACAGAAAUAUAUAACGAUCUUUCUAAAAACACUGCUGGAAGCACAAUAGCCGAGAUCCGCAGGCUGAGGAUCGAGAUUGAGAAGCUUCAGUGGCUGCACCAGCAGGAGCUGUCUGAAAUGAAACACAACUUGGAGCUGACCAUGGCUGAGAUGCGGCAGAGCCUGGAGCAGGAGCGGGACCGGCUCAUCGCCGAGGUGAAGAAGCAGCUGGAGCUGGAAAAGCAGCAGGCGGUGGACGAGACGAAGAAGAAGCAGUGGUGUGCCAACUGCAAGAAGGAGGCCAUUUUCUACUGCUGCUGGAACACCAGCUACUGCGACUACCCCUGCCAGCAGGCCCACUGGCCCGAGCACAUGAAAUCCUGCACCCAGUCAGCUACCGCCCCUCCGCAGGAAGCAGAUUCCGAGGUGAACACAGAAACACUAAACAAGUCAUCCCAGGGGAGUUCCUCCAGCACGCAGGCAGCCCCUUCGGACACAGCCAGCGCCUCGAAAGAGAAGGAGCCGUCUGCCGAGAAGAGCAAGGAUGGUGGCUCGUUAGCGACAGGUGUGACAAGCAACCUGCCUAUGCCCCAACCACCACAGACCACCAGCCGCACCCCACCUACCCCGCCCAGAAGUACCAUCCCCGGAGUGGCAAGUCCAGUGGCUGGAGCAGCGAUGAGAAGCGAGGCUCAUCGCGUUCUGAGCACAACGCCGGUACCAGUGCGAAGAGUCUCCUCCCGAAAGAGUCUCGGCUGGACACCUUCUGGGACUAGGGACAAGUUGCGACACAAGCCAUCCACCCCUGGGAGGAAAAAAAAAACCGACCCCAGGAAAACAGGAAACCGCAAGGAAACGUGAGGCGGGAGAACCGCCCGCCGUCAGACUGGAGAAUUACAAACGUUCGGACUCGGCCUUUGCACGGAAAGGCACCCACACUACACAGCACGUCCAGCAUUAGCUUCGACUGAGGACCGUUCGACCCCCAUGAAACUACGCGUUAGAUGUAAAUAAUGUACAAUUUGUGGAUGUCAUCGAACUUAGAGUACCCUCCCCUUUUUAUAUUUGUAUUGACUUUAACUUAUAAAAAAAAAAAAGAGAAAGAAAAGCAAUUAAAAAAACCCCAACAACAAAAAGAAUGUUUUGAUGUUGGAGAGGGUUGGUCCAUCAGCCCAUCUGUCACACACGAUGGUAUGGGGACUGGGCCCGGGAACGGCUGCCACACGCAGGUCCUCAUCCCGGGGUGCCCAGGGGAACACAAGCCGUUGUCAUCUGGACAUCUAGACACAGGACACUGGGAAUUAUCAGCUUCGACGACGUUAUGGGUACGUCACAUCGCACCGUUGUUGGCCCCUUUCAAAUACUACGUUACUAUGUUACCAGAUGCAAGCUCUCUGGACCAGAAGGACACAUGGAGAGGCUAGUUUAUUUUAUGUGAUUUCAGUGGUGACUCUACUCAUCAAAGGGAAAACGUGUAAUGUUCUCGUUUACAGAAGAGAAGCAGCAACAAGCCCCGUUCCGCUCGAUCGCAGGAAGAGACGAACGCAGGAAGCGUUCGGCGGCGUCAGCUCUGAAACAGGAAGCUUUGCUUCGCGAUUCCCUUAAACACACUCACACACACCUGACGAGAGAGACUGUGCUUCUCGGAAGCAAGAACUCGGAGGCAAGACGCACGCAGAGGACUUUUGAGUCUGGGAUGAAGCAUGUCUGUAGUAUUUAUAUGAUGAUGGAAUUUUAUGUUUUUAUGUAAGCAUGAAGCAAAGGCAGUGCGAGAGAAAAAGACACCCGCCAUGCUGUCUGUUACACUACGUAUGCUGUAGUAACAUUUCGUGUAAAAGAAAAAGCAUUGAACAAAGCAAAAGGUGAUGUAUGUAUAUGAGGAAAUUAAUUGUACGAUAUCAUUCCAGUACAUUUUGUUGUACAUUUUAGUCUCGUUUACUUUCUCUUCAUUGUUGAUAAGAGGAUGCGAACUGUACAGUUUCCAGCUAGUUACCCAUAUUAGAGAAGAAAUAAAAAGAGUAUUAGGAGAAAACAGAAGAGAACAUUUGUGAAUUGCAGUUGUCAAAAAAAAAAAAAAAAUAGCCUAGCUGGCCUUAUUUGUGAAGCAUAAUUGCUUUUAGCAUAUGGAAGUAUUUUUUCACAUUUUCUUUGUAUAAAAUUUGUAUUAAACUUAAAUAUCUUUUUUGAUGACGGUGUUUCUUUGUGACUGAGCCAGUAGACUCACACGGUAUGCUCUUUUGGGUUCCUCCCUUCCCCCCAAUUUUUUCAGAUUCUUCGCCUUUUUUUAAUUAAACUGUUUUUGGAAAAAUGG